AUGGCCAAGUUCGGAUUGCCGGAUACCAGUGUAUCUUAUGGUGGACCUGCCUUUGUUAGCGAAAAUUUCAAGCAGUUUUGUAAAGAGUCUAGGAUUCGACACAUUUUGACCCCGCCCUAUCAUCCCAGCUCAAAUGUUCAAGCUGAGAGGAUGGUAUCAAUUGUUAAGAAUUGGAUAAGGAAAGCCGGCAAUCAAGGGAAUGGGACGUAUUUGGCCCAGUUGUAUUACCUCAAUUCCAGUAAUAAGGAGGGAGUGACACCUGCUGAAUUGUUUUUGGGCCGGAGGACUAGGGUUCCCCUAGAUUUUCUAAGGGCCGAGAGUCACUAG